AUGCUGGUAGCCCUUUUUGGUGGCUGUUUGGUGAGGGGUGGGAGGUGCAUGGGCAAACGUAGCAGAGCAGGCCGUGUGACAGUCACAAGGGUUGGACGUUGGGUUCCACAGCAUCUAGGAUCUAUUCGCGGGAGCAACAAGGAAGCCUGUAGGUUGAGGAUUGGAUCGUGGAAUAUAGGGACGUUGAGGGGUAAGUCUAUAGAGCUUGCGAAGAUUCUCCAGAAGAGGAAGGUCAAUAUAGCUUGUAUUCAGGAGACCAGGUGGGUAGGAUCGAAGGCCAGGUAUGCGGACGGGUUCAAAUUGUUGUACUCCGGACGUGUGAAGGGUAAGAACGGAGUGGGUAUUUUGGUGGAUAGGGAGCUCAGGGAAUCAGUGGUAGAAGUUAGGCGAGUGAAUGAUAGAUUGAUGGCGAUUAAGUUAGUAGUUGGAGGGAGCACUCUAAAUGUCGUUAGCGCUUACGCGCCGCAAGCGGGCCUGGACGAGGAAGCUAAGAGGCACUUCUGGGAAGGGUUGGAUGAGGUGGUGCAGGGAGUUGGAGGGCGGUUGAUAGUUUUGGGUGCUUGGAAGAGUGGUGGGGAUGCUAGCGCAAUGUGGACGAUGACGGCGGACUGUAUAAUGGAGGCGGCGAGAGAGGUGUUAGGGGUCUCGAAGGGCUAUUAUGGCGGGCACCGAGGUGACUGGUGGUGGAAUGACGUGGUCCAAGGUAAAGUAGAAGCAAAGAAAGCGGCGUACCUUUCAUUAGUAGAGAGCACCGACGAGGAGCAUGGAAGAGCGAACAUAGUAAGGUAUAAGGAAGCUAGGAAGGAGGCAAAAUUAGCGGUCACUGAGGCUAAGAAUACUGCGUUUGGUCGGUUGUAUGAGGAAUUAGGGGGGUAA